UCUGACCAUCUCUCUUUAUAUUGUGUGACUCUCAGUGUUUCAUUGGAUCUUGUUUGGAAACAAUAGACGCAAAUCAUAGUCCAGUCCGGUAACUUCACUGAUGCUCACAUGGACAUUUUGCGCUUUGGAGCGGUAACUUAUUUGGGCUUUGACGUCAGGUGAGUGAAACACACCCCGCCAUCGUGGUCCAGAGCAGAAGUGCGUCUGCUGAGGUGCGCACUCAGCGCGCCGCUCGGCCCGCCCGGACACUGCAGUGUAGGUUACGGUGCCAUCGCUGCGGCUGCUCGCCCCCGACACCGCGUCCCGCAGCAGACUUCCCGGGCCCGGGAAGGACAGGGAAACGCCAAAAGCCAUGGCCGAGUCCAACCCGCUGCGGGGGUUCCCCCGUCUGCGCCGGGCCGCGACCUCAUUUCCAGGCAAUCUGCAUUUGGUCUUGGUGCUCCGCCCCACCAGCUUGUUAAGCUCCGCCCCCAGUCCAUCUUCAAGCACUGACCUGGGAUUUCGCUUCAGCCAGGAUGACUUCCUGUUAAAGAUGCCGGUGGUGAUGCUGCGCUCAGUCGGUGACCUUCUGCGCUACAUCGAUGAAAACCACCUGACAUCCGACUUCACUGCUAAAGUGGAGUAUUGCCAAAGCGAUUGGAUCGUCCUCCGCACGUCCAUUGAGACCUUUGCGGUGACAGUGAAGGAGAUCGCCCAGCUCCUGCAGGGCUUCGGAUCAGAGCUGUCUGAGACCGAACUUCCAGAUGAAGCAAACGCCAUCGAGUUCCUGCUGCACUCACACACACACCGAUACCGACAGAUGAAGGAUGAUAUCCGGAGCGUGCUGAAAGAAGGGCGCCUGCUGCUGUCCAACCUGGAGACUGUCAAGGCCUCUAAGAGAGACAUAGAGGAGGAGAGGGAAAUACAGGGAGAUAUGGACACAGUUCAGAGGCUCCUGGCUCAGCUGAGAGACAUGGAGGAGGCGUUUGAUGGCUUCUUUGAGAAACACCACCUGAAGCUGCAGCAGUACCUCCAGCUGCUGCACUAUGAAAUGAAUUUCCAGCAGAUGGACGAGGUGCUGGAGCGGCUCUCUGCCCAGGAGAGGGACAUCGCCCCUAUGGGAACAACGUUGGUUCAAACGGAACAACUACUGAAAGACCUGGAGACGCUGGACAGACACGCUCAGGAGGAGAUGAAUCGUGCUCAGGUGGUGAUCCUGCACGGUCACCAGUUGGCCGCCAACCACCACUACGCCCUGGCGCUCAUUGUCCAGCGCUGCAAUGAGCUGCGGCAUCACUGUGAUGUCAUCACCACUGCCAUACGCACCAAGCGGGCCUCGCUCACCAGAGCACGAGACCUGCUGCGGCGCCUUGAAGAGGCGCUUCGUUGGUGUGAUGACGGAGCCUAUCUGCUGGCGAGUCAGAUGGUGGACAAGUUCCAAACUCGAGAGGGAGCUCAGGAGGCGCUGCAGUACCUGAGCUGUCACCAGGAGAGGGCGCCAUCUGCCCUGAAUAACAGCCAGGACACGCUGAGCCUGGAGUUUGAAGCCAUACUCACCCCACAGCUGCAGUCCCAAAUUUCCAUGGUAACAGAGAAACUGAACUCCAUGCAGUCCAUGAUCCGAAACAGAGAGCAGUGUCUGAGGAAGCUUGCGGAUAUGCAGGUCAGACCCAUCCAGCUGGUGGCCCCAAGACCCGAACCUGAGCAGACCAUGCAACGCUGCAAGUCACCCCUCUUCUCCCCAAAACAUGGUGUAGACUUAAACGUCCUGAACUCCAAGUUUUCCUUUGACCUGCUUCCUGGCAAGAGAGCCGCGAGGAGGAACAACAACCAACGCAAGAUCGAGGUGAUGCAUGAUUACCAAGGCAACCGCAGCUGUAUGUAUGGCCCCAGUCCUGAAACAGAUUCAGAGGUGGAGGACAAUCCAGAGCAGGUCACACGCCAUGUUAUGAAGGAGCUGAUAGCUACAGAGAGGAUCUAUGUGGACGAGCUGCUCUCUGUCCUUCUGGGCUACAGGGCAGAAAUGGAGGACCCAUCCAUGUCUUAUCUUCUCCCUUCAGCUCUACGCAGCCAGAAGGACGUUCUGUUCGGCAACAUGCCAGAGAUUUACCAGUUCCACAGCAGGAUCUUCCUUCAAGAUCUGCAGAGAUGCCUGGAGACACCUGAGAGGGCGGGGGCCUGUUUCCUACAGCGGAAAGAGAAGUUCCAGGUGUACGAGCGUUACUGCCAAAACAAGCCUCGCUCUGAGUUGCUAUGGAGACAGUGUUCUGAUUCGCCCUUCUUUCAGGAAUGCCAGAAGAAGCUGGACCACAAGCUGGGUCUGGACUCUUACCUCCUGAAACCAGUCCAACGCCUCACCAAGUACCAGCUGCUACUCAAGGAGCUGCUGAAGCACUGUACGGAGCAGCGAUACCACUGUGAACUCCAGGAUGCGCUGGACUCCAUGCUGGAGCUACUGAAGUCUGUCAACGACUCCAUGCAUCAGAUAGCCAUCACUGGAUAUCAGGGUGACCUCAGCCAGCUGGGCCGCGUGGUGAUGCAGGGAGGCUUCAGCGUGUGGAUCAGCCAUAAGAGGGCAGCGGUGCGAAUGAAAGAGCUGGCCAGGUUCAAACCCAUGCAGAGACAUCUCUUCCUCUAUGACCACGCCCUGCUCUUCUGCAAGCGCAGAGACGAAGACAAUCACGACAGGACACCCUUCUACAGCUUCAAAUCCUGCCUCAGAAUGAGUGCAGUGGGAAUCACAGAAAAUGUGAAAGGAGAUGUGAAGAAAUUUGAGAUCUGGUACAGUGGCAGAGAAGUAGUGUACAUAGUUCAGGCUCCCACACUGGAGGUUAAAGUUGCCUGGCUGACGGAGAUUCGAAAAAUUCUCACCAACCAGCAGAAACUGUGUCAAGAUGAGGCUCCUCUACCAAUUUCAGACAACCCCGCCUCUGACAGUGCAUCAGAGAUGUGUGUGUCGUGGGGCGGCGCAUCGGUGGGAGGCUGCUCAGCGUGUCUCCCUGUUCCUCACAGCUCCUCUGCAACAAGCCACUCCUACAGGCACCGGGGGGAGGAGUCAACACACACUAGUCCCGCCCACUCAGACCCCGUGGUUCACUCACCUCGACGCAGUUGGCCUGUCCCUGCUCACUCGGUGGCAAUCUGCGAAGGCCUGGAGGACUGGGGCGCUACAGACCUUUCCAACCUAUCAGACUCAGAUGAGGAGGAGGAUCAGCCGGCUCCGCUGGUGGCGGGGAGGUACAGAGUCAUGGUAGAGAGCAGCAUGGCCAGCACUGAUGACAUCAUUUUUAACUGCGGUGAUGUCAUCCAGCUGCUCCACGAGGAGUCGUCAGGAAUGUGGAUGGUGAGGAAUAUAAGUCGCGGUGAAGAGGGGCGUGUUCUGCCUGAAGACCUGCACAGGAUUUUGGGAGAGACCUGCUGAGAGCCAAUCAGAACAGAGGAUAGAUGACGCCUGUGACCAUUCUUCUGUUUUUGUCUUUUAUUUGGCUCACUCUCUCCCUAAUUACCCCUGCAUACACACACACACACACACACACACACAAACACACACACGCAUGCACAGACCCACAUUUUCCAUCUGCUUCCUGACCAGAGGGGGGCGUCUGACUCUGUCCGAGACAUUCAUCAUGAGAUUGAAGCACAACAUCAACCACAAACUUUACUCUUCCAACUACUGUGACACUGUUCACCUCAGAGGGCUGUAAAUUACAGACUGGACCUCAGAAGACUGUAUCAAUGCCAGAACAUAAAUGGGACCUCACAAUAUCAGAGCCUUCUUUUUUCUUUAUCUGUUUUUUCCAGCAUUAAAACAGUAGAUUAUCUGAAGAUGUUGAACAGGGGACUUUUAUUCAUACAUACAGAAUAGACUUUUGUUCAAGACUUUUAUCAUUUCUAUUUUCUUAUGAAAUGUCAUAGAAAUCAUGUGUAUGCCUACCAACAUAUCAUUACUGUUCAUGUGCCAAACAGCUCAGCUAACCAUUGUGGCUUCUUUUUGUAUACAGUAACACCCUCCUUUAUGGGAAAUAGCUUUACCUUGUGUUAUCAUUGUUUUGAAUGAGUUUAAAUCGUCUUUCUGUCCAACAGUAACCUGCUACAUCACUAGAGGGUAUGCAUGAGAUGUUUCUAUAUGCAUAAAUCACCAUGGUUACCCCGCCUCUUUGUGGCAAUAGCAGACACUCAACUUCUGUCAGCUGUGAAACAAAAAAAACGCGAUAAGCAAAAAAAAAAAAACCGAGCGAAGAUAUUACAGAUCUUUGCAGCCAUAGCAGGUUUGUUUUGUCUGCUCUGAUGUUGGUGAGGGAUGUGCGUGUGGAAAUGUCACUGCAUACCCUCGAUCAUUCUUUUUCACACCCGGCAUUCAAACAUGUCGUAGCAGGAGAAGGAAAACACUGGUGAAAAAAGUAAUAUUAAUAAUAGCUCCAUUGGGUUUGGCCUUGGUCCGGUGCGUGAUGGCUCAUUGGGAAACAUGGUUAAUGUUAUUAGUCGUCGUCGUCGCUAUGACAAGUUAAAAUGUUUCAUGUGAAAAAGAGAUGAACCGUACUGUUGGUCAGUCCUCAAGAUGAAUGCACUGCAGUACUGAUGCAGGAUAGAUGCAGGGUAAAUAGACAUCACCAUUCACUGGUUGUCAGCCAGCGUGUCUAGUUUUUCUUUACUUUUGCUGCCGUUGAUGGUGAUAUUAUUUUUGUUAACGGUUUUAUUUUGAACUUUGCUGACUUUUGAUCGGUGAUAAUUCUACAACUAGUUACCACUGUUACCACUGAGAUGAGGCAAGCUUUAUGUCUCUCCUUGUUUGCCGCUCUGCAUGGACAAAUCACUGCACAUGCCCACUGCUUUAUUUCUGCCUGUACUGCUAUUACAAACCAACAGGGAAACUACGCCCAGUGUUGGGUAAUAACUGUAAUUAGAGUAGUGUAGAAAUAAUAAUUGUCGACUGAAUUGUUAUAGUUGUUAUAACUGUUGAUAUAAAUUUUGGUGCGCUGAACUGAUGAGACAAUUUACAUUUCUUUAAAACUGCCUGGUUUUAAAACUGCUCGGUCUGACGUUGUAAAAACGAGCCACUUCCCCACAACAUGUGCUGAGGGUUAAUCUCUCAAGGGCAGAAAAAUACAGUGUUAUUACUUAAUUAACAGCUUUUGGAGUCAACUACAGUCAAAUGAGAAUACGCAGAAAUCUCAAUUUUAGAUGUUGAUGUCAUCUAAAUGGUAACACUUAUUCGGACAGUCAGAUGACACUCAGUUAUCAAGUGACAAAAGGUAAAUUAGAUUCCUCCAGACUUUGAAUGAAUCUCUGGCCUACUUCAAUCGAAUCCUGCUGGUGACAUCAACCCUAACACUUUUAACUUUUAACACUAAAUAAAGAUUCAUCCUCACAGUUUUUCACAGCCACUGUGGGAAGAUCAUAGUCACUUGAUAGUGAGUGCCAGCCUUUAUAAGCUGUGUCUUAAUGAUGCUCAAUAAUGGGUAACAUUUCUUCAUGAUGAACUUAUUUGAACUCCACCUAACACUGGCUGUACUCGAACAACAGAACUUCUUAUUAGAUUUGAUCAGUCAGGCUGCAGUACGUCUUUUCCAAAGUACCUGAAACUGGUGUUUGCUGCUUUUGCUCAUGUUGCACUUUUUUGAUAUUUUGAAUCAUUGUGAAAGCCUGUAUUAUACCGCAUAAUGUAUAUUAUUAUUAUUUUCCAAAAUAUAAGCACAGGAUUAUUUGAUUUGAA